AUGGUCGAAGUAAUGGUCUUGUCCGACCCUGCCUUUCCGAUAACAGCCUCCGAAGUGGACCUUCGAACUUCCUUGGGAGAACAGGAACUGCUAAGGGAGGUUAUUUUAUGUCUCUCUGGGGCCAGUGGCACGCUUGUUCAGUACAACCCGAGCCUGGAUGCAUUUGUGCCUCCCAAUAAUCUCAUGCUAUCGCCCUCCGUUCAAAGCAAUAUCUUACGCAUCUGCGAAUGUGGUUGGCUGCACAAUCGUAUUCGGCGUUUUGUUGAUGGCGUUCGCGAUGACAAGACCAGCGGAAAACUCAUGCUCGCUCUUGCGCUCGCCAUAGAGGAACAGCUGAGUGAGUACUAUCGCCUGGUCGCAACUCUGGAGGUACGUUUUUGCACUUGGCUUGAAAGCUUUGACUGUAUUUUUAGUCCCAUGCUCAUACUACCCCUAUCUCCCCCGGCCUUGAAAUAG